AUGGAGUUGAUAUCUGAGUAUAGCAUCCACCACGAGUACUUCAGCAUGGUGGUGUAUGAGGUUGAUUGCCACAACAUGAUGAACAAAGGGUUGGGAGAAGAGGAAGUGCAAGAGUGGAUUGUGUUGGAACUGGCGAGGUUGAUCCGAGAGAAGGUGGAAGGUAUGGAUGAUGCCCGAAUAGUGAACAUCUCGCUGUAUGAGAGCUACUACCCGUUGUAUUUUUGGGACUAUUUCUUGCAGAUGGCCAUUGACGAGCUGGCAGUGUCUGGCGGUGGCAACUUGCGAGUGAGAGUGUUUGUCAGCGAGGGGAAGAACGGCGACAAGAAGAGGUACAUCCACGAGAACAGUACGUUGUACAACUGUCUAAAGAGCAUGGCCACCGCAGACGAGGAAGGAUCGGGGUGCCUCAAAUUGCUGGAAGUGCCACGGCCGCCGCCGCCGCCGCCGCCAAGUGAUGGUGUAGAAUAUGAAGGGAUAAUCAAGCGGAUACUGUUGAAACUGUUUCAAGAUUACGGCAUUAGCAGAGAUGAGGAUAUGGGUGUGGUGUUGUCCGAGUACCACAGCUUGCAGGAGCUGCUGGAGGAUCUGGACUGGCAGCAGCAAGAUCCUCAACGAAACUGA